AUUUCAGCUGACCUCUCUCUCUCUCUCUCUCUCUCUCUCUCCGUGCAUCUCUUCGUCGAACAAAUUGGAGCUCUGAUUCUUUAGCUGAGCAAAACAAAUCUCACCACAGAUGGAUCGAAAUUAGAUGCUAUGCCAGAUGGUCGAUUCAUAAUUGAUAUUUAUGCGGAUAAGAUGCUAGAGGUUUAAUUUUUGUUUUCAUCUACUCUUCCGCAGAGGCUGAAACCGUCUCAUCCUCUCAUCAAUGUCGUCGCCGUUGUGAUCAAGGUGAGUGUUGAAAUUCAUCAAGAUUAUAGCUUUUGUGAGAUUUGGAUUGGACCCAUGAUUCCAACUUGGGUCUUUGAGCUUAAAGUUGGUUUCUUUUUUAUGAGUUUCAGAUCUGUGAUUUCAGGUAAAAUGGUAAUGUGAAAGGUACAUGACCAUUUUUAAGAACAGGGACACGGCAAGCACGCCCAGCACGCCGAGGAACACGGCGGCCAUUAAUCCAUUCAAAACUGUAAUAUUUUCAGUGAAGAAUAUAAAUCUAAUUGCAAAAGCAAGCAGCUCAGUGCUCCACAAAUUUGAAUUCAGGACCUUGAUCAAGGAGGAGGGUUUUGGUUUAUUGUAUAAGCUGGACAAGCUGCAGAGUCAUGUUCUGCGGUAUUCUGUUCUGAAGUUUGCUCCUCUCUUAGGAGAAAAUGAAGAAGAGGAUGAAAGAUUUCAGGGCAAAGCGUUGAAGAGGCAUAUCAUUGGAUACUCAUCUUCAGUCAUACAAGUGACUUUGAGUGACAAGCUUCCAAUAAUAGUCGAGCAAAAUUGAAAUCUUUUUAGUGGAUGAUCUUUAACAAAUUACAGGGGUGUAUUUUACUAGCAAAAACAAUGGGAUGCUUUGCACCAGGAUUGAUAAUGUUGAAGGCAUAGAUGACUUCCCAGGGGUCUUGGUAUGGAGGAUUUAAAUUGAUGCCUUGAUUUUCAUGGACCUCUACUUAGAGAGUAUCUUUUGUAUAUGUUAUUAAGGAACUAAACAUCUUCCAAGAUCUUUUGUUCUUGCAGUUGAGGAACUAUAUGUAAUAAUUAUUCUUUAUUUAAUAUAAGUCCAAAAGUGUUAUUGAUAAUUCUUUAGUUAUGCCUUUUAUUUGUUGUUUAUCUUCAAGGCUUCCAGCAAGUAAAAUAACAGCAUAUAAAAAAAAAUUAGAAUUGUGAAAUGAACAACAUAUUCUUAACUAUGAGGAUACAAGAGCCUCACAAAUAUUAAUACGAGAGGAAUAUGUGUUCCUCGCAAUCCUCAAUUUGUGAGGAAUAUGCGUUCCUCGCAAUUCUUAAUUUGUGAGGAAUAUGCAUUCCUCGCAAUUGUUCAUUUGUGAGGAAACCAAAAGUCCUCGCAUAUAGUAAUUCGUGAGGGGGUUUAGGCGAGGAAAGUUUGCGACGGCUUGAUUUCCUCGCUCAUCACUUUU